CCACUCUGGCAGCCCAAACAAAGCCUCCUGUACAAGCCGCAUUCGCAGCCGCGUUUACUGGCCGUUCUGCCCUCACCCAAUUUCAUCCCAAAGAUUAAUAUCUUAGCGACGCUUCGCCGCUCUUUAUCCCGCCGUUUACCCUUUUCCAAUACGGAUCGCGCUUCCGCCUUUCAUCGUCACGGCGUUUGGUCCUCCUCCCCACUCUCGUUUGGCUACCUCACCACUCCUGCCCUCACAUUUUAAACCAGUUUCCGAUUUCUGGUUCCGCUAGUCCACUUGAACGCUCAUUUUCAGCGGUGCUUCUCCUCAACCUGUCCGAGAACCGUACCUGACGCUGCUGCUGCUGCUGUGCGCACUUCUGUUCACGGUUGAAGCUUCCGUUCAGUCAUGUAGCGUUGACGACAAACGCCUGUUGCUGCUGUCAAGUGGAUUGGCAAGAUAUGCAACCAAGAUUCUCGUCCUCGACAUCUGAGCGUCAAGCAAGUCUUCGCAUCCAUUGACAACCCAUUGCAGUCGCUUCCCUUCACGCUUGAAUCUGCAACAGACUCACGAGCCAUGACUCACCUUUUUCGGUCCUGUGCAAGUUUUCAGGUGAAUCCAACAUGUGCAAUCGCUGUCCAGCUUUGAAGUCCGAAGAUCUAAUAAUCAGGAUAUGCAAUUGCUGGCGUCGAAUUUUAAGAUCCAAGAUAUAUUAUCAUAUACUCGUCGACGAGCCAUUCCGAUGGAAGGACGACUUCCGUGGCGACCAUUGUUAUCACUGAUACGACCACCUCCAUCCGUGCCUGCUGCCAUCAUCGUCCCUUGAUCAAGCCUGCGAUCCUGCUCGAGCUCCACUGCUGCUCAAUAUUUCGCAGAGCUAAGUACUCAAACCUUCAUCCGUCAAUGCUUCGAAUUUUUCCUGCAUCAUGCAACUCGCUCCUCGUCGCUCCAGCCUAAGGCCCACCCUCGGGGUUCCUAGUCUCUCAUCCCUAAGUCGGGUUAACCCUCUCUUACGUGUCGCUAGUCGCUGUCUGUCAGUCAGUCCGUCCGCAUGUCUGCAUAGCUUUCAGUCUCAACUUCGAGGAGCUGGUGCCUUGGGCUGGAUGCGACCUCCCCCCCCUUCCAUCCCCUCUCCCUCUGUCGGUUUGCAAAUACGUUCUUUACUUCGUUAUACUACCAGUCACUAACUGACCUUCUUAUUCAUCUUGGCAGGUUCCCUUGAACGCUCUUCUUCCAUCUCAAGUUUAAUGGUGGCACUAAGGUUUACUGUCAGUGGGCUGGCACCACAGGAGCAGCUCCAUGACUCCAAGAGGUUCGCUUGAACGCCCUUAUGCACAUUCAAGUUACAUGGCGGCGCUAUAAGGAUUACUGUCAGCGGGCUGGCACCACAGGAGCAGCUCCAUGACUCGAAGAGGUUCCCUUGAACGCCCUUCUGCCAUCUCAAGUUUAAUGGUGGCGCUAAGGAUUACUGUCAGCAGGCUGGCACCACGGGAGCAGCUCCAUGACUCCAAGAGGUUCCCUUGCACGCCCUUCUGCACUUUCAAGUUAUAUGGCGGCGCUCUAAGGAUUACUGUCAGCGGGCUGGCAGCACAGGAGCAGCUCCAUGGCUCGAAGAGGUUCUGUUGAACGCCCUUCUGCACUUUCAAGCUUUAUGGCGGCGCUAAGGAUUACUGUCAGCGGGCUGGCACCACACGAGCAGCUCCAUGAGUCGAAGAGGUCUCUCGCUUUGCACAGUCGUUUUGUUGUCGUCCAGGUCCCCUGGUAUGCCCAUGUGCGCGCCCAAGAUGCAUGGGAGCGCCAAGGCCUUGUGCGCUCUUGACGCCCCAUUGCCUGCUAGAGUACUCUCCCUUCAAUCCAAGCCCUGCAUGCCCCACACUUCUUCAAUACCCGGCACACUUGCUUCUGCGCCAAGCCUUCAGCGCCAUGCCUUCAACGUGCUAUGCCUCCAGUGCUGCCAUACGCACUUUUCCUAAGCCGCUGUGCUCUUCUGCAAGUCUGCAAGCCUCUGCGCUAUUCAGCAGCCGCUGUACUGUGCUCCAAGCUUGGGUGAACGUGCCUGCCGACAGCACUGGUAGGGGUACCCCCGCCCCCAACCACCUGUCCGGGCUUAAGCGCCUCAGGCACCAAGUUCAAGCCCAAGUCCCAAGUUGAUCCGCAGUCUCACACCCGAGUCGAAGUGCCAAAGCCAUCCAAGGCACCCAUGGGAGUAAGAGGAUGGGGCUGGUGGAGGCAUGGUGGCUGUGGCUGUGGCGAGUGGAAGGGGGGCAUGUGGCAUGUGCCAUGUGGGGUGGCCAUGCACGAGUGUGGGGGGAACCCUUGGUGUUCGCUGAGAAUUUGAAACCAGGCCGGACCGGGACUGGUUCUGUCGGUGCACCAUUGGCUAGCCAGCAGUGGUGUCACCUGGUGGGGGUGGGGAAGGGCAGAACCAGUCCCUUGGAAGGGCACCCGGAGGUCCUAAGACCAGCAACACUGACGGUUGGCCCUUGCUAACUGCAUGGGGUGGAUGCCAGGCCAUGCUGGGGUGGGCAUGGAUGGCUUGUCACUCGUGCCAGGCCAUGCCGGGGUGGGCAUGGAUGGUACUGCCACUGGUGCUGGUCCAUGCAAGGUGGGCAUAGACGGCAUUGCCACUUGUGCCAGGCCAUGUCAGGUGGCAUGGAUGACAUUGGAGGGUGCUGCAGUGGAGGGUGCUGCAGUGGAGGUUGCUACAGUGGCGGGUGCAACAGUGGAUGGUACUUCAGUGGAUGGCACAGAUACUGACGGAGGGUGCUGCAAUGAAAGCUUUGAAUACAUGGUCAAGACACUCUUUCUUGUAGAAGUGAAUUGAAGUAUUCCUGUAGUUUCAUGACUGCAGAUGGAACCAAUGUGAAGUUUUUUUUUUUUGGGAUAUAGAGCGGACGUGGUGUAUCCUCUGCCAGUUUGUGAGAGUA